GUAGUUUUUACGACAUCGUAGUAUGGCAAUAUAGUGUGGAAUUAGCGUGUGUGUGUUUCAAAUCAGAGAUUGUAUGUUGAACAAAUUUUUGCCAUAAGCACUGGAAAAUAAGUUCUAAAUGAAUAGACUAAUGCCGAAUAUAUUAAUUACUGGUACUCCUGGUACUGGUAAAUCUACUCUUUCUUCCGAGAUUAGUGAAGUUUGCAAUAUGGAAUGGAUCAAUAUCAGUGAACUUGCCAAAGCUAAUAAUUAUUUCGAAGACUAUGAUGAAAGUUUAACUUGUCAUGUACUAGAUGAAGACAGGAUAAUCGAAGAGUUAGAAGAAAAAAUGCAAGAAGGAGGCAAAAUUGUGGAUUACCAUGGUUGUGAUUUCUUCCCUGAAAACUGGUUUGACAUUGUGUUUGUUUUGACAACUGAUAAUACUAUUCUUUAUGACCGUCUCGUCAAAAGAGGUUACAGUGGUAAGAAACUUGAAAACAACAUUCAGUGUGAGAUAUUUCAAACUCUGCUGGAUGAAGCUAAAAGCUCUUAUGACGAGCAUAUUGUUCACAAGCUGAAUAGUAACACUCCCGAUGACAUGCAGUCCAAUAUUGAACAGAUCUGUGAAUGGGUUGAAACUUACAAGAUGAAUAAAGCUAAUGGAUGAUUAUUGAAAGGACAAUUUUAUUUGUUGUAAAUAGUUUUUGUGCCUUAAAUUGUAUGAACUUAUUGAAAGCAUUUCUGUAUUGUAUAGGCUAAGUUUUGUUGACAGGGUAAGAUGUGCACUUGGAAAGUUUUCACUUAUUUUUCAAACCUUUUGAAGAUUAUUUUUUAAUUACUUUGCAGGGUCUUUAAAAUGCCAUAAAUAUUUUAUGUUGCUCACAAACUUCUCCAAAACUGGAGCAAUUAAAAGGAAUUUCUGCAAUUCUAGUCUAAUAAAGAUCUAACUACUUAAUGUCUCUUUCCCAAAGAUUAAAUGUGAAUAUUGUUUUGUUGAUUAUGAAUCCUUGAUAGAAAACAAAAAGAUUCCUGAAAAAUGAAAUUAAUAUCAGUUAUAAACUUUCUAAAACUGUUCAAUAUGUCUAUAAUAUUUCAGUUAGAUAUCUGAAAAUGAUUUUUGUAGAGAUAUUUGUAAGCAAAUAAUGAAAUUCUUGGGAUAAUUUUGUGAAAAAGCAAGGAUUCAGAAUUGUUUCAUUUCCUUUCAUUUGUACAACUAAUAUGGUAUUGUUCCCUUUAGGAUUAGCAUUCCAUUAAAUGUAGGAAAGAAAUUUAAAUAAAGGCCAUGUGUACAACUUUUCAUAUGUAUUGCUUUUGGAAAAUGAAUAUAAAUUUAGAAAUUAUGUGUUAUUUAAACAUAUGUUGCAUAUGUAACAAAUCAAGUGAAGGUCAUUGAUCAAGUAAAGAUCAGAUAAAUCUUAUACCCGCAAUGUUUAAUUGAAUUUAAACUAUUAUAGCUGAAUAUAGCAUCCAUUGAUAGAAGUACUUCAUUCUAAUCCUCUUUGCAUUGUGAAUGGACUGAAAUAUAUGACAAUGUAUUACGUUUGAUAUAAUAAAUGUGAAAAUGAAACUAUAUUUAGUUAUGAUUGUUUAUAUACAUGAAUAUGUACAGAAAAAAUAUUCCUCAAAUAUAUAUGGAAUUUUCCUGGUAUGAUGUAUGAUUGUUCAUUGUACAUAUAAUUUUGCUCACUCUGCAAAUUCCAAUGGUGUGAUUUUCAUGAAAAAAUUUAAUGAAAUACCCUUAUUUUCAAUGAAGUGUUUUAUAACAUAUGUUUCAACUAGUGUAUGGAGGCCAAUAUUUCAUUUUUGAACAAUAUGCAAUGAAUCAAAAUAGUUUCUUUAUGAAAUAUUUUAUCACAGUCUUCUAUUUCAACUAAAUUUCAUGUAACACUAUGAAAAAACAAAACAAAAAUCAUAAAUUGUAUAAAUGCUGUUAUUAAAAAAGGGGGGGGGGGCUUUCUUGAAUUCUGUAGAAUCAUGCAAUACUGAAUUUGUACAUAAUUUGAAUAUUGAAAUAUUUUCAUUAAUAUCACUGUCCCGUAAUUAUAAAAAUAUAAUUGUUAAUAUAGUAACUUCUGUCUGUAUAUAUUUUGAAAUUUGAUUGGAAUAUUCAAUAUUAUCUUUCAAGGAGUGAACCAACAUUUGCAUUAAAAAUGAGCCAUAUUUCAUAAAAGUCACAGAUGAAUUUUUUAAAUAUGUGGUUUGUUUGCAUCAGGUUUAUUUAUAGCUAUAAAUCCAAUCAUCACAUACUUAGCUUCAUAAAUAACUUUUUUUGGAAAUGCUGUUCAAAUCUCUAAAUUUUUAUUUUAAGUGCAUAUUUUCAUGUUUUGUUAUUUAUUGAUAUAUUGAAUUGUACAUGGUUUUUUUUUUAUUUAUUUUUGUUUUUAUUAUGAAAUUAAAAGUGAUAAUGUUUUAACAUAUCCACUGACUGUAAUUCAUUUUUGUAGUCAUCAAACGAAGCUUUUAACUGUUGUGUUUAAAAGUUUGAUGCUUUUCCACUUGGAUGUGUUCUUUGUAUGUAAAUAGUUUUGUUUUCUGGGAGCUUAUUUUGAAAUUGAAAAGCUGAAAUCCUUUUGCUGUGUUUUUCAAUACUGCCUUUUUGAUUUUGAAGCUUCCAGCUUAAAUGUUGAGUGCAGCUACCAGGAAAUAAAAUUUAAAAAAUAAAUAAAAUCUACUUUGUAAUAUAGCGAGGAACAUCAGUAACAUUAACUCUUGUUAAAAUUGUUAUACAUAGCUUAAAAUAUAUUAAUACAAAAAAAAUAUAAUUUAUUUCCUUUAUUUUUUUAACCCUAAUAAAAUUUAAUCAUUGUCUCAAUUAAAUAUAAACUUUCACUUAACAGUGCUUUCUGUAGAAUAUAACUUAAGUUACAUAAUCCUUUCUUGUGCUAAAGAUUUUAUUAAUUUCAAGGAGAUGUAAAUAAUUUUGUAACGCAUUAUGAGUUAUAACCUAUGUUAAUGCUUUCUCAAAUUUAGAGUAUUAUGAAUUUUGUAGUGUACUUGGUUUUGUGCAACAACGUGAUUGGUUUCUUGAAUAAUUGUACUAUAACACUUCAUUUAUUUUUUAAAUAGAAAUAUAAUUACAUAUUUAAAAUGUUACAGAGUAUAAUGUAACCUAUUUUUGUAUCUCUUAAUUAUUUGGAGUAUUCUGAUGAAAGCAUCAGUUUUUUAAAUAGAUAUUCAAAGAAGAAUGUACAAUUUUCAUUGAUUGCAUUCAUGAUUAUCAAUGAAAUUAUAUAACGUGAGAUUGUAAAUGAUGCUAUUCUAGUAAUAAAACCAAAAAUGUAUCAUUUAUUAGAAAUAUUUUAAAUGAGAGCUUCUUGAGCAAUAAAUCAAAGAUAUUUUUUAUUUUUCUGAAGAAUUAUUUUUACUUUUGAAAUGUUUAAGGCGUUUCACUUGAAUUACUUCAAGUUCAUAUUUCUCAUAUAUGCUCUUUUACUAAUUCACUAAGAACAUUAGGAAAAAUACUGAUAAACAUUUUAUUAAAUUGAAUUGGUAGUAUGAUUUCCAUAUUUUUUUUUUAAUUAAUUCUUGUUUAUACAGGCAGAGAAAUUUCUGCUCUUAAAUUAUAUUCUGAAUUUUGUAAUAAAUUGAAAAGGAAAAUUAUUAAUUUAAUAGAAUAAACUAAAAAUUUAAUUUUAUAAAAAUCAUAAUAAUAAAUGAAAUUUUAAAAAAUAUAUUCUUUUUAAUAAUGAUAAUCAAUUAAAAAAAUUUGAUGUAACAUGUUUCAUUUACAAUAGUUUAUUUUUGAAAAGCAUGUCAGUUAUAUGGUUUCUUUUACAAUCAAAUUCUAAAGACUUUGUUGAAAGUUUAAUUUAAACUUAAUAUUUAUAUUACAUUGCUUUUUUUCAUCUGUUAUCUUUUUUUAUUUCCCCCUUUGAAUAACAUGGAAUAUGCCCAAGAAGUGUGCAUACAACUAAAUGGAAACUGUUUAUAUUUUGCUGUUAUUUAUCUACAUCUGCACAUUUUACCGCAUAUUCUUCCAGUCAUUUCAUUGAUAAUGAAAUCAUGACAACUGUUUCAAACGUUUGUCUAAUGCUACAAUGAACAACUUUCCCUAAUUUAUUUUGCAUUAUUAAUAGAUAUAAUGCGACUUUAAACAUGCGGAUUAAGCAAAUAUACUGUACAGGGGUAAUAAAAAGUUUUGAAUUUCAGUUGUCUUGAAUAAAGAGGGAAAAAAGUAUCAAAAGAUUUUAAAUCUUUUUUUAUGUGCGAGAUCUUAAUGAGCUAUAUAGAUUCAAUAUGUAUUAAUUUAUGUAAAUUUUGUAUACUGAUGAAUUUUAUCUUUCUUUUUUGAUUCAGUGUUUUAAGUUAGUGAAGAAUUUUGAGUGUAUAGUGCAUGAACAUUUCAUAUUGUUGGUAUUUGCUAUGAUUGUAUAUUUUGAAUUAAAUGGGUAUAAAAACCCAAAAUAAAGUUCCAGUAUUUGGC